CAACAACCUCUCCCACUGUUCAUCCAUCAGCAAAAACCAGUGGUAACCAAAGACUAUCAGAAACCUUGAACAACCUCAAUCAAUUCUCGCUCUCGCACUUGGCCCCCUUGCCCCUCACGAAGAGAUCGUGCCAAGAUAAUAAAUAGGGUCCAUUUGUUUGGGAGAUUGAAAUGAAUUGUCAAUGCAUUUAAAAAGAUGACGAGGGCGCAAUUCACAAUCUGCUCGUCCUUUGUGAGAGGGUAUAGGUGACUUGAUUCUCUUUGAAGAGUACUGUUUUGUUGCUGUUUUGACAGGGGUCGGCUAGAGCGCUAGUGAGCAUAAAUUAUUCAAUAUCAUUUUGAUAUGACUGAAGGAAUCGUCCAACUUUUGAUGUUUCAUUUCAUUUCAUCCGUUUCAUCAUUCGAACCAUUUUCCUUAUUUUCAGUUGCCAAUAUGAUGCAACCUAGUCAACACAAGGUGAUACAAACAAAGCUCUACAGCUCCUCUAUUACUUUUCGAGCCCACCAUCGGAUUGAAUAUCACGACGACGACCACUAUAAACAUCAUGUCAGAACCGGUUGUGCGGACACCCGCCCACCAGGACAUGCGCAAAGCUUUGGUGAAAGUUGGGCGAGCUGUCCGGGCCCUUCAAGAUCAUGAAUUGGGUUCGGAGCAACUAGAAUAGCUCAGUAUUCGUGUUGUUCCCAUGAUUUUGGACGAAGCCUCACCCCCGACAGACCGAGGUUUUUCGCUGCAUAUCGCGAAGAUUUGAUGCCAGGGCUUUAUGACGAUAGCUAUAGAGAUCCAUACAGAGGCUUAGAUGAUGAAACGACAGAUGCUUUCACCCGGCCUAUGGAUCGCGCCUAAAAAAUCAAUCUAUAUCUAUACCUCUGCGAUUACAUCAGCACGUGCAUUGAGGAUUGCAAAGUGGAUAGCGCUCCUUGGACUGAGAAAUGUGUCGGAGAAUACCCUUUCACGGGCUUAUAUGAAUUUAACCAACCGCAAUACGGCUUCUGAUAUGGAUGGCUCCACCCACCCACACGUCAAAGGAGUCAUGUACAAUAAUAGUAAUAGCUUGAUGGCCACAGAAUCCACAAUCCUCCGCGGCGAAUUGCUUCCCGUCCUCAAAAUUAUGCAUGGGCAGUUUCGCCAGGCCCGGUUCGCUUCUCACAUGAUCUCGCCGGUUUUGUUGAUAUCGCUCAUGGGAUUCAAAGCCCGAGUACUCGAAGUAUAUUUCGAGGAUGAGACUCUGGUCGUGCGUCCAACCAAGCUGUACGAUUUCACUCACGGCAACGAUGCAGCUUUCAAAACAUUUACCCAGUGGUAUCAUGGCAAGCCAAUUGGGGAUACUGUCCGCGCUUCUUGAUUUAUUUAUGAUUUUUCCCCUUCGGUAGUGUUCUUAAAUCCGUCUGUCUUUUGGUUAUUGGGAAAUGAGAAUUGGAAUGCUAACGGGAAUCGGGAAUUGGGAGCUGGGAAUUUGGGCUUGGCGGAAAAUAUGAUUUUAUAGAAUUCUGUUCACAUUUGGGAAAAUAACUAGAGGUAAUAUGUAGAGCCAGGCAAAUCGCAUGUGGCGCUUUUAACCUACAAGGAGAUAUCCAGCGUGAAAUAUCAAUUUAUAUAAUCUCUCAUUCAAUCUUUUCAAUUGCUCUAUCCGAACCCGAGGUAUCAAAAUCGAUGAAAUCAGAGCUAAAAGGGUAUCUUCUAGUCCAAGCUGCCAGGGGACAGAAAAAAAAAAAAGAGCAAUAGAUAUCCAACAAUAUCCAAAAAAAUAACCACAUACUAAAAACCAUCCGCCUUUAUCCCGCUCUUCUCCUCCUCUUCCAAUCUCUCUCUAUUAACCCUCCACCACCAGCGAUCGCACUAUGCACCCCUUCCCACCGUAACGUCUUCAGGGCAUUAUAAAUAUACGGCAACGGGACCCAGCGACCCGGGAACAGAUCUGAGAGCAGCGACUGGUCAGCGAAGGCGUAGUUGGAUGUUGACGACGGGGUUUGCAGGACGGCGAGGAUUUUCUCGUAAAUAGCGGUAGAAGGAUUGACGACCUGGAGGCCUCCGUUGAGCACGGCUAGGCCAGCGGUUGCGGGAGCGCCUUGUGUUUGCGCGCUGGUAGGGUCUGAAUGUUGGGUUGUCAGGGCGCAGUUGGAUGGGAUCCUGUGGCGAUUGUGUUAACGGGGGGCUGUUUCAUGUAUUGGGUAGGUAUGGUUUUUGCGGAAUUGGCAAGGGGUUUGGAACGGCGAACCAGUCUUUGGGAUAAUGCGGUUUCUUCAACGGGUUACACACGCACGCAUGGCUCGCAGCGAAAACGCGGAGGCCCUCCCCCUUCAGCGCUGGAUCGUCCAGCUCCAUCUCCAUCAGCUCGUCCAUGUUGCGCAGCACCAGCAUGUCGCUGUCCAACUGGACGACGCGAUCAUAUUCCACAAGCGAGAAGGGAGUUAGCUUGCUCCAGCAGUCGUAGAAGCGGGUGUCAUUACUGUAAUCCUUGUGGGCGGCAGGGAGGAGAUAGGGGAUAUGCUUGGCUGGGAUGCCCCUCACUUGUAACGCCGAAUGUCCCUCUGGUGGGAAGGAGUCUGUGUAAAGCGCUACGAGGGGGUAUUUGGAGCCGACUUUUUUCAGUGAGUAGUCUAGGGUGAGGAGGCCCGGGAGGUAGUCGGAGUUGGUGAUUAGAGUGGUCCAUACUGCAGUAAAGUUGUCAAUACAGGAAUCAGGAGAGAGUAAUAGUUAUUUUAUGAAAGCCAGG